AAAUACCAACAUAUACGUGUAUGUAUGUAUAGCGUUAAGGAAUUUGAGCAGCUCUUCGGGCAAGAUGUAAUUGAUUUAAAGGAGCUACGACGACAGGCAUUCAAUGGUGUGCCUGAUGUGUUUAGCUUUCGCGCGCUGAGCUGGAAAAUGCUCUUGGGUUACUUGCCAACAAGACGCAGUCAGUGGAAUGCAACACUAACAAAGAAGCGUGCUCUCUAUAAGCAGUUUAUAGUGGAGCUAGUGCUGCCGCCAGGCCAUGUAACAAAUGGCGAUGAGGCUGGCGAUAUGGGACUGCAAGAUCAUCCAUUAAGUGAAGGACCCGAAAGCGCUUGGAAUACAUUCUUCACCGAUAACGAAUUUUUGCUGCAAAUCGAUAAAGAUGUGCGACGUCUAUGCCCAGAUAUAUCAUUCUUUCAACAGCCCACAGAUUAUCCUUGUGAUAUAGUAGUACAUAGCAAAGGCGAGCAAGGACGACGCCUACACGAGCGGGUAGUGCCGUCCGUGUUGAGUUCAGCGAACGUGGAACGCAAGGGCUUAGGUGUGACUAAGAUAAAUCUUAUAACAAAGCGUUCUGCGGAGAAUUAUGCUGCUAUGGAGGAAGGUCAAGAGGCACAUUGGGAAGUAGUACAGCGAAUUUUAUUUAUCUAUGCCAAACUAAAUCCUGGACAAGGUUAUGUGCAGGGCAUGAAUGAAAUUGUUGGACCCAUAUAUUAUGUUAUGGCGUCCGAUCCAGACUUAACGCAAAGACAAUAUGCCGAAGCCGAUUGCUUCUUUUGUUUUACGGCCCUAAUGAGCGAAAUUCGUGAUUUUUUUAUUAAAACUUUGGAUGAUUCGGAAGGUGGCAUUAAAUGCAUGAUGACGAGAUUAGCUAACAUGCUGAAAGCUAAGGAUAUUACCAUAUAUGAGCAGCUCAAGCGACAGGAACUGCAUCCACAAUAUUAUAGCUUUAGAUGGAUAAAUCUAUUAUUGUCACAAGAGUUUCCACUGCCAGAUGUGCUACGCAUAUGGGAUACUAUAUUCUCAGAUGAGCGGCGUUUUGAUUUUCUCAUGAAAAUAUGCUGUGCAAUGAUAUUAAUCCAACGUGAAAUCAUUUUGGAAAACGACUUUGCCUCAAAUGUAAAACUACUGCAAAAUUAUCCACCCAUUGAUAUUAAUGUAGUACUAAAUCAUGCUUUAACAUUGACGUAACAUCGAAAAAAGAAGCGACUCGAAUAUAAGGCAACAAGCUUGCCUCAACCCUUAAUGUAUAAAUGACCCUGAGCUUCUACACUAUCUAAAGCAGUCUGAAACAAAAGCAAUUUAUGACAAACGCCAAAAUAUAUCUAGCGCACGUAUCAAUAAUUAUUU